AUGGAUCAGUUGAUUCCCGGCGAAGGCGGCCGAAACCCGCUCGAAGCUUGGUUUUGGGAAAUGCCGCUUUGUACGCGCUGGUGGACAACGGCGACGGUCUUGACUAGUGCAUUGGUCCAAUGCCAGAUGGUAACUCCGUUCCAGCUGUUCUACAGCGUGCGAACCGUGUUUGGAAAGGGAGAGUAUUGGAGACUCCUGACGACAUUCCUAUACUUUGGGCCGUUCUCAUUAGACCUUCUCUUCCACGUGUACUUCCUCCAGCGUUACGCCCGUCUUCUCGAGGAGGGUUCGUCCCCGGCGCACUUCUCUUGGCUUCUCGCCUACUCGAUGGCCUUCCUCCUGGUCCUUUCGCCCUUUGUAUCGAUGCCCUUCCUCGGCCACCCUCUGUCGUCGACGCUCGUAUACAUCUGGUCGCGACGCAACCCUGAAACCCGCCUUAGCUUUCUCGGUCUUCUGGUGUUCACUGCGCCGUACCUGCCGUGGGUUUUGAUGGGAUUCAGCCUUGUCAUGCAUGGUACGGUACCCAAGGACGAGAUUAUGGGCGUGGUUAUUGGCCACAUUUGGUACUUCUUUUCCGACGUAUACCCUCCCAUGCACAACGGCUCCAGACCACUGGAUCCCCCCAGAUUCUGGCGCAGGUUGUUCGAAACAAGGCCUCAACGACGGGACGACGACGCUACUGCCAUUGAGAAUGAGUUUGCCAUGGGUGGAGGCCCCGAAUUGGCUGCAGCUGAGGUACGAUAA